AUGACCGUAGUCACAAGAGCAACGACGUCUUCGCUGCGAGCCGCCGCCCGCUAUGGCCUAGGCAGCGCCAGCUCGAGUACCUGCACCAAUGUCUCACGCAGCAUCACACCACUGGCACGCCGAACCAUGAUCACCGCAUCCCAGACCCCCGCUCUUCGAUCUCGAUCGCUCACACCCUUGGCUGCCGCUGCAUGGUCAUCGGCACCUUUGCUCGGCAUGCAAAAGCGAACGAUGUUUAUCCAAACCGAAUCUACCCCCAACGAGGACUCGCUCAAGUUCCUCCCCGGUCGUCAAGUAAUGGAAUCCGGAACACAUGAGUUUCUCGACACCCGCUCGUCGAUGGCUUCUCCCCUAGCCAAGAAGCUCUUCAACAUCCCUGGUGUCAUUAGCGUCUUCUACGGACCCGAUUUUGUCACAGUCAGCAAAGACGCCGCGCACCAGUGGUCAACGCUCAAACCGGAGAUCUACUCGAGCAUCAUGGAGUUUUUCACCGCUGGUCACCCGCUUUUCACUGAUCCCGAGUCUUCGCAUGGCUCGCAGGACACUGUCAUCCUGGAUACGGACUCGGAGGUCGUGGCCAUGAUCAAGGAGCUACUCGAUACAAGGGUGCGCCCAGCUAUCCAGGAAGACGGCGGCGAUCUCGAGUAUCGCGGGUUUGGAGAGGACACGGAUGGUAUCGUCAAGGUCAAGCUGAAGGGCUCAUGCCGUGGCUGCGACUCGUCAACUGUCACGCUCAAGUCCGGUAUCGAGCGCAUGUUGAAGCAUUACAUCCCCGAAGUGCAAGGUGUAGAGCAAGUGUUGGACCCAGAGGAGGAAAUUGCGCUGGACGAAUUCGCCAAGCUCGAACAGAAACUCGAAAAGGAUCGUCAGAAGGAACGCAGCAUGGGCUUCUCUUUGUGA